CCAAACCACCAUUUGCAUCCUCUCUCUCUUUGUUAGCUAGCUUGCUAAAUUCCCUUAUAAUUAUUCCUUCUUGUGUUGAGUUGAUUCAAACAUAAACACACCACCCUGGGUUCAUUAAUUGAUUUCAUUUUGCAGUAAUAACAAGAACAAAAAAUAAGCAUGAGUUGCAACGGGUGCCGCGUUCUUCGAAAGGGAUGCAGCGAGUCCUGUAUUUUGCGACCUUGUUUGCAGUGGAUCGAAACCGCCGAAGCCCAAGGCCACGCCACUGUCUUCGUCGCCAAAUUCUUUGGCCGCGCCGGCCUCAUGUCCUUCAUUUCCAACGUUCCAGAAAAUCAAAGACCUGCUCUGUUUCAGUCGCUGCUCUUCGAAGCGUGUGGCAGAACGGUGAACCCUGUGAACGGUGCCGUGGGGCUUCUCUGGACUGGGAACUGGCACGUGUGCCAGGCCGCGGUCGAGACGGUGCUCCGCGGCGGCACGCUGAGGCCCAUGCCGGAGCUCAUGGGCCUCGACGCUGCCGCUGCCGCCGCGGCCGCCGCCGACGAAACAUCGGAGGCCGAAGUCGGAUGCACCGACACGUGGAGGAUCCGAAACCCGAACACGAAUUGCCGGUUCACAAGCUCGCGAUCCUCCUCCGGCGGCGGCGGUGGUAAACGCAAGCGGUCGGAGGAGCUGGCAAAGCUUCAGGAGCAGCAGCCGAAUCUCGAUCUCCGGCUGACGCCGGUUUUCUUGCAGAAGGAGGAGAGCCGCCGGCCAGAGUCUCCGUCGAUGACCUCCGAGGAGUCCGGAACGACGACGGAGAACAGAUUUGGGGAUCAGUGGAGUCACUGGAAAGUUCUCAACCUUUUCAUUUGAGAAUUCUUCCUGUAUGGUUCUUUGAGGGUUAUGUUUUUGUGAAUCUAAUUAAUUUACGAGUUAUUAUUAGUUUUGUUGAUUUUUGUUGUAUGGUGUAAUUGUCCUUUUGGAGGGGUUGUUCCCGGAUUUGAAAGUCCGGCGAGUUUUUGGCGAGACACUGGCACAGGAUUUCUCUAGAGAGAAAAAUGAGAGUUAGUCGGUGGUGAUCUCUUUGUCUUUUUUUUUUUGUAUAAUUUCUGCCAAACAUGGAAAAUAUGUAAACAGUCCCAUGGUCGUGGGACUAUGAAUAUUAGUAUUAUUAAUUAAAUAUGAAUAAAGAGUAAAGACUACAUAUAUAUCUUUGUUUUUCA